GAUGCGCUGGCCCCUGCUCUGGCUGCCGCUCCUGGCCGCGCCGCCCAGGGCCGCGGCGCGCGGGGAGGAGGCGGCGGCGCAGCUCCCAGAUGAAGGACUGUCAGUUGCAAGGUGUAAAACUUUGAAGGAAAUGGAUUUAAUUAAAACGUCUGAAGUAAAAUGCUACUGCUACCAUCAAAAUUUACAGCUGGAGUGGAAGUACAUUUGGUCAACUCUGCAAGUGGACAUUACCAGCUCGGGUCUGUUCAGUAUUACAGACAUCACAAAAAACCAUAAUUGCCAGUUUCCAGAGACCCUUCUAUCUUUCAUCAGAUGUGUGAUUCAGACAUUUUGGAUGCCAAAGGAAUCUAAGGAAAUAACCAUGGUGAUCAAUCCAUACGGGGAGACCGUGUGCUUCUCUGUGAAGCCUGUCUGGAAGGAAUUUGUCUAUACACUUAGUGUGACUCGGAACAUUGUGGAUUUCAGACUCUUCCUUGUGUUUGUGGUGGGUGUUUUCAUCUUCUUUUAUGCAAAGACUUUGAGUCAAAGCCCUGUUUUCUAUUAUGCUUCGGGGACUCUACUAGGUAUUCUAAUGACGCUAGUCUUUGUCCUGCUGCUGGUGAAGAGGUUCAUUUCUAAGUAUAGCACCUUUGGGGCUCUAAUGAUUGGUUGUUGGUUUGCUUCAGUUUAUAUUGUGUGCCAAUUGAUGGAAGACCUGAAGUGGCUGUCUUAUGAAUACAGAAUAUAUUUAUUAGGCUAUGUCUUGAUUGCUGGAUUUCUCAGCUUCGCAGUUUGUUACAAACGUGGGCCACUAGUGGAUGCGAAGAACAUAAACCUUCUGACCUGGACGCUACGGCUCCUCUCCUUGCUUCUGGUCUACUGGGGAGUUUCUGCACCCCGGUUUGCCCUGGCAGCUGUGGGCUUCUUGCUCUUGGCCAGGGGUCUGCGCUACCCAUGGAAGGCUGUCAGUCACCUGAAGAGGAAAAUGAAGACGUGGAUGGUGUCCCGGAAGCCACAGGUGAAGUUGCUGACGGAGGAUGAGUACCGGGAGCAGGCAGACGCCGAGACCGCCCGCGCUCUGGAGGAGCUGCGCAGGGCCUGCCGGGGGCCCGACUUCCCAUCCUGGCUGGCCGUCUCCAGGCUCCAGGCGCCUAAAAAGUUUGCAGACUUUGUUCUCGGAGGAAACCACGUGUCUCCUGAAGAAAUGAGUCUGCACGAAGAGCAAUAUGGCCUUGGGGGCGCCUUCCUGGAGGAGCAGCUCUUUAACCUGCAGACUGCCUGACACCACCCGAAUGGGACUUCGUGCUGGAUCAGGCAGGGCCUGCGGGAACCACUUGCCUUGAGCACUCAGCGUCAAGGGACUUGUGCUGACCUAAAUUUAAGGGGCCAGUGAGCCUGAAUGGGUCCCUUGUCACCAGCAGGGUGUCUGUCUCAGUCCUCAGAACCUGUGCCAAGAGCGUAGGCAUCGCUGGGCCUCCACACUCCCGUCCAAGUGCCCAGAGCUAUGGACUAGGCACUGAGCAGUGUCUCCAGAAGCCGGGCCCACAGGACACCCGUAAGAGUGAAGCCAGUACAGAUUUCUCAGCGCCGCUAGUGAUGCAGGCGCACACUGUGAAUCUCCCAGAGGAGAAAUUGUUACCAGCGGUCCGUGACUUAGUUUGAUCACAGAGCAACAACACCUCUCCCUGGUUUUUUUUUAGGCUUGGGGAUUUGAUUGUAUUUUAUUUUAACCUAUGUAUGGUUUAUUUUUCCUCUUUUUUGUUGUUGUUUGUCAUUUUUGAGCUACACACACAGAGAUGCUCUGGGGUUACUCCUGGCUCUGCACUCAGGAAUUACUCCUGGUGGGGCUCAGGGGACCAUAUGGGAUGCCGGGGAUUGAACCUGGGCUGGCCGCAUGCAUGGCCUCCACCUUACCUGCUGUACUGUCUCUCUGGCCCCUGUUUUUUCUUUGUAAUUGAAUUUUAUUUUUAAAAAUUGUGAAGGCACCUUGAUUUACAAAGUUAUUCCUAAUUGAGUUUCAGGCAUAGAAUGUUCUAGCACCAAUCCUAUCACCAGUGGCCCUCCACCAGUGUCUCCAGUUCCCUUCUUCUGAGAUGAAUAUGCCUUGAGAUACAUGUUUGAAAAAAAAAACGUUAAUAAUAGAGAAAUCUGGGUGUAAGGACAUUAAAUAACUUUAUCUUUAUUUGGGGGCCAUACCCAGCAAUGCUCAGGGAUCACUCCUAGUGGACUUAGGGGCUGAACCUUGGUCAGCUGUGUGCAGGGCAAGAACCCUACCCACUGAACUAUCUCUCUGGCCCCUACAUACCUUGAAGAACACACAGCUUAGCAGAGGCAGCCCUCUGUCUGGCUAGAACUGCAGUCCUGCUCUCUCCAACACUCAGGUGGAGAAAGAGCCCGUUAGAAGUGAGCCUAGCAACCUCUCCCCACCUCCCUGAGUCUCAAAAAGCAACCUAUCAACUAGUUCUUUAUUAUAAAGAGAGAAACAUUUUCUAAGAUUCUGUGUUUGUUUUGAUGAGGCUUAUGUUAAAAUUAGAGUUAGGAUUACUUUUUACAUUUUUCAGUAUGUUGAAAUGGAAAGUAUCCUCUGUGUGUAUGUGUGUGCGCGUGCGUGCGUGCGUGCGUGUGUGUGUGGGGGGGGGUGGGGGGAGGCCCUACCUGGCAGUUCUCAGGGCUUACUCCUGCUUCUGUGCUCAGGGAUCAUUCCUGGUGAGGCUCUGGGGACAUAUAUGGUGCUAGGGAUUGCCUUACCUCUCCAGUUCCACUCUCGGACUUUUUGAGAUGACUGGCCUAUUAAAAUUUUUUUUUUUUAAUUUUUACAAAACAGAUUUGUGGGGCCUGAGAGAUAGCACAGGGGUUAAGACACUCACUGUACAUGAGACCAACCCAGGUUCAAUCCCCAGCACCACAUAGGGUUCCCCGAACCUCACCAGGAGUGAUCAGGGGAGCACUACUGAGGCCUUAAAACUCAAACAAAUGAAAAAACAGUACCAACAACCACAUCAGGGGUUUCUUCAGACUCUAUGUUUGGGGGUCACUUGCAACAGUAUUCAGGGGACCAUGUGUUGCCAGAAUUGAACCCAGGCCUCCUGCAAGCAAAGGGUAUAUUCCAGCUAUUUCUUCUGGAGAAUAGAUCUCUGUCUCUGUCUCUCCCUCCCGCCCUCCCUAGACCCCCUAUCAUUCCUAUUAAACUAUUAAACUCUGGCGAAAUGAAGGGCUAUCUGUAAGCUUUUACCUUGAGUAAAGGAAACAAAAAAUACAGGUCUAUGAAAAGAUUUGAGAAUGGCAGAACCAUCAAAGGGUUUAAGUGUUGCUCAAUUGUUUCUCUUUAAAAAUCAAGCCCAACCAUUUUUGCUGCCACAGGAUCACAUAGGGUAAAGGCAUGAAGGACGAGAAAUUGCACUGCUUUUUGAGCCAGCUUUAGAGGUUUCCUAGGUGUUGAAUAAGAGUUUGACUACCAUUUGGAACUUCUAAAAUUGAUUUUCAAGUGAUUUCCCCACAUUGGAACAGUGUGCUACUGUUUUAGAGGUCUCUUUUACCAGACACCUUUUUUUUUAACAUUGCAUAUCCUAUUUUUAUAACUUUUACUAAUUUUAUAAAAUUCACACAAGCUGUGCUUUUACAUAAUAUCUCGAUUUCAGAAAUCAAAGUAUCUUCCAUUCAGGCAUCCACUAUGAUGACGAUCUGAUAAAUAUAAAUAGUUCUAACAUUUUGUUAGUUUCCUCUGAUUUAUAAUGAGUGUUACUUAUUUUUUAUUAAUUGGUGGCAUUUUGUGUAUAUAUUACAUAUCGAUGCUCAUGCUCGUCCUGUUCACCUCCCAGGAGACAGCUUGUGAAUCACGAGAGGUGUGUGUGAGUAACAUGUGAACUCUGCCGGCUUUCCCUCGAGUCCUCUGGCCAGCACAGCCCCUGGGUUCUGGCCUAUGCACAGCGGGUAUAAUUGUGACAAAAGAAGUCACUAAAGAGAAAAUAACUAGUCUCCUGUGAUGUUGUUCUUCAUGUUUCUUUCUAGAACAACUAUGCAUUGAAUGGUUUCUGUUAUGUGAAUACUGUGACACAUUAAACAAUUAAAAGAAUUGCUUUUGUGGA